GCAUGGACACUUAUGCAAGGUCUGCCGCCGCGCUGCCGUGCUACUGGAGCCUCCUCGCUGUCUCUUCAUUCAACCCAGCUCCGUCGCCAUCGCCCUGCAGCCGAGAGAGCCCUGCCGCAACGCGACCAGCGACCACCGAGCCAAAGCAGGCGGCAUGAGGCUUGAUUCAGUGCAUUUAUCCAUGCUGGUCAUCGGGGUCUCAUUCGCCUGCUACUCCCCGAGUUUGAAUUCCCUGCAGGACCAGGCUUACAAAUCCGCCGUGGUGAUCGAGGGCAAGGUGCAGUCCACGCCUGGGAACGUCUCCGCGGAGACGUACCGUGUGAAUGUCAAAGUGCUGGAUGUUUGGCCCCUGAACAGCGGGGGUCUGGAGCGGGAGCAGCUCGUCACCGUGGGGGAAUUCGGAUCCGAGGCGCCGUGCACCAAAGUGAAGAAGAACCACAAGUACAUUUUUUUCAUGGACCCCACUGACCAGCCCUUGGUUUUCAAGGCAUCGUUUGCGCCUCUGGACACGAUUGGGAAGAACCUUAAAAAGGAUGUUGGGAAGGUCUUGUGUGUGGACUGCGUUGCGGCUCCCAAGUUAAAACCGAUGAGGAAUCCAAUAAUAGUGGACGAGGGGAAACGGCUCACAGUAAAGUGUGAGGCCACAGGGAACCCUCUCCCCACCUACAGAUGGUUCAAAGAUGGCACCGAGCUGAAGAAAAACAAAAAAGUCAAAAUACGGAACAGCCCGAAAAACUCCAGAGUCCAGAUCAGCAAAGCUCAACUGGAGGAUUCUGGGAAUUACACAUGUGUGGUGGAGAACCCGCUGGGAAAGGAGAACUCCACUGGCACCGUAAACGUCCAAAGCAUCACCACAACGCAAUCUCCAGGCUCAGGCCACACCAGAAGAUGCAACGACACAGAGAAGGCCUACUGUGUGAAUGGCGGCGACUGUUACUUCAUCGAUGGUGUAAAUCAGCUCUCCUGCAAGUGUCCGAAUGACUUUACUGGUGAUCGCUGUCAAACCUACGUUAUGGCCAGUUUCUACCAGCAUCUUGGGAUUGAAUUUAUGGAGGCUGAGGAACUCUACCAGAAAAGAGUCCUGACAAUCACGGGUAUUUGUGUGGCUCUGCUGGUCGUGGGCAUCGUGUGUGUGGUUGCCUACUGUAAAACCAAGAAACAAAGAAAGAAGAUGCACAAUCAUCUGCGACAGAACAUGUGUCCAGAGCAUCCCAAUCGUAACCUAGCGAACGGACCCAAUCACCCCGGACCAGGCCCAGAGGAAAUCCCCAUGGUAGACUACAUAUCAAAGAAUGUCCCUGCAACUGAGCGAGUCAUACGGCCUGCCACAGAGGGGUCCUUCCCUGCCAGCCACACCUCUUCAAGAUCUCACAACUCUUCCACACGCGCCCAUUCAUCUAGUCACAGACACGAGGAGCGGACAUGGAGCCUGGAACGCUCGGACAGCAUCCUAUCUGACUCGCCGGGAAUGAUGUCAUCUUCCGUGGGGACCAGUAAAUGCAGUAGUCCCGCGUGCAUGGAGGCACGGGCACGCCGCGCUGCACACUGUGGCUACCCUGAGCCCCACCGGCCGGGCCUGCAGUACGGGGAAUCCUUCGACUCGCUGGGGGACUCUCCGCACAGUGACAGAUACGUGUCAGCCCUGACGACACCAGCCCGCCUCUCGCCAGUGGAUUUCCAUUACUCAUUGCCCCCACAGGUGCCUACCUUCCAGAUCACAUCCCCCAAUACCAGCCAUGCGUUGUCUCUCCCUCCUGCUGUCCACAACCCCUACCCUCUGGAGGACGACCAGCCGCUGCUGCGCCGCUACCAGGUGCCCCUACACGAUGCCCAGUGCCAGGAGCCUUACCGCCAGCAGCGUCGCACUUAUCUUAAUGACAGCAGGGGGAGCCUGCCCGCCAGCCCCUACCGGCUGGCUGAGGAAGAAGACUAUGAGACCACCCAGGAGUAUCUCUCCUCUCGAGGGGAGCAACCAAAGAGAAGUGGGUCCGGUGGAGCUGGUAGCCGGCGCUGGAGGAGAUCCAGAUUGAACGGCCAUGUGGCCCCACGUGGAUAUGAGGCAUCCCGGGACUAUGGGUCUCGAAGCUGCCUAACGGAUAGUGAGUCAGAGGAAGACGGUGAGAGCACGCCCUUCCUCAGUAUGCAGAAUAUGAAUGCUGAGCCCUCCACCAUCUACAGGCCGGUGGACAGUCGGACUUCUCACUCGUCGGGGCGGCACAGUGCGCAUGGGAACAUGCAUACAAGACUUACACACUCACGCUCCAAACCGGACAAUACACCCCAUUAAAGAGUGAAAAAGAACCAACAAAAAUAAAUGUAGUAUAGACCUGCAUCUAUAAGAAAUAUUUUUAUUUUAUAUAACUGACAGAUAUUCUAAACAAAUGAAAUAUUUAUUUUCAUUUUAGCAAAAGUUGUCUACUAGUUAACAGCAAAGACUUUUUUAUAGGGAAAACUCUAUUUAUAUGUACAUUUUGAUUUACAGCAUAAAAAGAUGUGCCAGUUUUUUCACAACGUAAAAAAAUAGAGUAAUAUUGUGGUGCCUUUUGCUGUAUGCCGAUGCCAGAGGGCCAGUGGAGGUUUUUGUAGCCUUUCUUAUAUGGACGCCUCAUUUUUUAUACACGUUUUAUGUUAUUGUUUUUUUUUCCUGUUUUACUUUCUUUUCAAGUUGCAUUCUUUGAGGAGUCUAGCCCCACUGGAACAUAACCCCUUCCAUAUCACGCAAUAUAAACCACUUCAACAUAAAGUGUAUGUUUACAUUAAUAUGAUUCACCUGUAGGGUUUAUGAUUUGGGAUUUAAUAGAAAAUGCCUGAUAAAUACAAUGUAAAUCCUUUUUUUGCCCUCUGACUAAUGUCUACCAAGAGAGAGAGAGAGAGAGAGAGAGAGAGAGAGAGAGAGACACGGUGUGUGCGUGUGCGUGUGUCCUUGUCAGUGUGCGUGUGCGAAUGUCAGUUUGCUUGCAUGUAUUUGUGAUUGUUAGAUGAAUUUUAUUGUUGUGGUAACAUCUGAUGUGUGGGUGUGCUGGCGUCUCAGCCGAGGUAAUAGAUGAGAGUCUCACAGGUUCACAGAAUAGUGCUUUAUCAGACCAGUGACCCCCGGCGCAGGUGGACAGAUAAGACUGCUGUAGGGCUGUGUGUUAUGCAGGUCAUUGCUUGAUGUGUUUACAGCUAUUCUGCCCCCUUUUCCCAGCCUGCCCCAGUCGGGUCCCUAUUAUCCAUCUGCAGGCUUUCUUCAUGUUAGCCUGUUACGAGGACAACAGACACUGAACCGCUUGGCACAGGGUGACCCCCCCCCCCCCCCCCCCCACACCACCACCACCACCACCAUCAGAGGUGGUGGCAAAACAAAAGCAAAGAUUGCAUCUGUUUCCACUCAACUCCGACCCCAAUCCCAUGCCUCAUCAUCCUUCUGUGUCCAUUCUGUUUUUGUGGCUUGUGUUAAAAGGCCACACAGUGUCUCAGGAUUUCCACAUGACACCCACACCCCCCAUAAACACACUCACGCACGCACACACGCACACACACACCGGCACCACCAUAUCCCCACACACCGCCACCUCACCCCAACUUCACCCCACUUCCUGUACUUCUACCUAAGACUAAGGUUCUCAGAUGUUGAGGGCCUAGAUGUUAACACACGUCAACCACUUCCCUGAACACUUGCAUAGUUAGAGAAAGAAGCAGCUCGGCGGAGAGCAGUGCAGAACAGACCAGACGACAUAAAGAGGAAUAGCUGUGAAACCGUGCAGGAUCAUACAAUGCAAAAAUAUGCAAUCUUUCUAUUUUGCUGUUUGAUUACAUCAUUUUCUAAGAGGUGUCUGUCGUGUGCUGUGUGUGAACAAGCUGUGUGAUGCCUAUAGUGCAGAAUGAAAUAACAUGAUAUAAAUGCAUAUUUACCUGAGUUAUUUUUUUAAAGCCAUUAUGCAGCCAUCUAUCCCGUUGUCAGCCUCUCUGUCCUCCGAAUCCUCACGUCCAUUGAACGACUGUGUCCAUGACUUUGAUUUGUCACCGGGUGUAGAUCGUACCACUUUACAUUGACACGGCCGAGGAACGUCUCCUCCAAUAGAACUGCUUUGUCUGGGAUCUAGUCAUUUUCAAAGUUAUUCCCGCCAGUAGUGAUGAUUUUAAGGGCAAACGGAACCAAUACAAGCCCUCUGUCCUCCAGUAAAAGAAAGAUUGAGGUGAUAACUCAAAGAACCAUUAGACGUGACUCAGAGAGAGGACCGCUGAUGUGUGUCUCCACUUUCUGCUCCUCUUUAGACAACAAAUACAAGUUCAAAUAUCACAUGGUUAUCUGUUGAAAACAAAAUCUUUAAAAAAGGCUGAUUAAACCUGCUACGUGUGAAAUGCACAGUGGUGGUGUUUUAGAGAGGGGUCUUAUGUACAUCUGCAAGAGUGCAAGAGAAGACGGUACUGCUGUGGUUUCAACGUGGAUACCCCCCCAGCCCUCUCGCCUGAUUCAGACUACCAGGCGCCUCCUGCCGCUAUCUUCUGUUUGAUUUUAAGACCCCCACCCCUCACCCACACCCUACACCGCCCCACCUCGACCCCCUCCCCGCCCUCGCUUGAAAAUGUUUGAACACCUCUCCUCUGCAUGUCCUUGUGGUCAAGGUUAGAUGGGUGCAUGGUAAAAAAAAAAAAAAAAAAAAGCAGCAGACAAUUCUCUUUUUUUUUUUUUUUUCAGUCGGUGAAAGUGUAUAUCAUUUAACAUUCAGCAAUAAAAAAGAACCUCCCCCCCAUGUCAUUCCUGAAAUAUGCUAGAAAAAAAGAAAAUAACUGCGAGAUUGUCAUAGAUUGUAAAAUAAAAUGAAAAAUGAAUCCACCUGUUCAUAUGAGAAAAUAAAUCUUUAUUCAUAUCACUUUA